AUUCUGAAAAUUUGUCUUUUGAUGAUGAACCAUCUGGCAAGCAUGACCCUCUUGCCAUCGGUGGUUUCUUGAGAAGAAUAGCAGUGUGGUGGAGAAGCACAGAACUUUAUACAAAUCCGUUGUUAUUUUUCUUCAUUCUUUCUUAUGCCCUGCAUGAAUUUGUGUACACUGGAUGGCACGCGUUUCUUUUACCCCAUGCCCUCCAAAGAGGAACCUCAGCCAGAAACACAAUUAUCAUUGCCUUAAGUGCAGCUGUUGGGAAUCUAUCAGGACGCAUCUCUGUCGGUGUUUUGACGCACAAGCUCGUGGACCCCAUCAAUAUGUACCUAGCAUUGACAGUCGUGAACAUAUCUGCACUGUUAUGUGAUGGAUUUCUUCCUUACUUCUUUGUCAUGCUGUUGACAUCGUGUUCUUCAGGUCACGCCAUUGCGGGAAGGGCUGUGCUAGGCCCACUGGGGGUUAAGGCUAUUGUCUCUGGUGAGAACCUGCCAAUGGUCAUAGCCGCGCUUUAUGUAGUUUCGGGCUGUGGAGCUUUAUUGGGUGGAUACGCAGCAGGACUGAUAGCGGACAGGGUAUCAUCAUAUGACGCGAGUUUCAAGUUGCUGGCCGUAGUCGACAUAUUUACUUUCAUCUCCAUGGCAAUGCCUAAACUAGUCAGGAGACUAUACCAGAUGGUUCAUAGUACGCAGUAAAGUAUAUGUGAUUAUAACGAUAAUGGUUGAGAUGAUGGUAACAUUAUUGAUAAGAAUAAGAUGAAAGAAAUUCAAAAAGGAUUAUACCAUCGAUCACAAUAUUUCAUCAGAGAUUGGCUGCAAGUGGGGGUUGUAGUUAUUGCUUAACAUGGUUUAGAUCCUACGUAACCCUGGCUCGGAUUGCGAGCAAGAUCUUCAUUCAAGAGAGCGCUAAAGCA